UGAAUCAGGCUUUCGUGGCUGUGACCCAGUGAAAACAGCCCGGAGCAGAGCGGCAGGAAUGCAGCCUCCAGCCCCGGAGAGCAGCAGCAGCUCCUCCGUCAGACGUGACGUCGCUGGUCCCCCGCUGAAAAACUUCAGUCGGUCAAAGUUUUCUAUGAGGGGAAAAAAAACAACGAGCCCAAAAUACUCUCUGUGACCAGGAGCCUCGGUAUGUGCGGACAUUGGCGCUUCAACAUUGCAUCCCGCCGUCGAAAUGUUAAUACAGUUGUUGCGUUUCAUCGACUCUGUGGCUGUCGUGGCGACUAUUUGUGCAACAGUGUUGUUGGCGAAAAGCUGCUUGUGUGUCACCGAAGAGGACGAUGAGGUCCUGGAGAAAAACCAGCUCAUGGACUAUUACAAUAAGGGUCUGUUCAUCCUGCAGCAGAGUGAGCCACUGAAUCGCUGCAUCACAGUGGACCGCUCCAACCCGGUGCUGGACGACUGCGAGCGGCCUACGCGUCGCAUGCUGUGGAAGUGGGUCUCCCGACAUCGCCUCUUUAAUGUUGGCACCAGCAAGUGUCUGGGCCUCAACAUCUCGGACACUACGCAGCCCCUCGGCAUGUUCGAGUGUGACAUGUCCGUCCCUGUGCUGUGGUGGCGCUGCAAAGGAUACAUGCUAUACGGGGCGUCCCAGUGGAAGGUGGCUGUGACCGGACGUUUGGUGGUGGUAAAGCGAAACUCUUAUACUGAAUGGAGAAGGUUCAACACCCUUAAAGAGACGCCCUGCUCAUAUCCAUAUGAAGAUAUCCAUACUUUGUUGGGGAAUGCGCAUGGCAUGCCCUGUGCUUUUCCCUUUAGAUACAACAACAAAUGGUACUAUGAAUGCACGACAGAGGGGCGUGAGGACCAUCUUCUGUGGUGUGCCACCAGCACUCGUUAUGAUGAGGCCGAAAGAUGGGGCUUCUGUCCGGUGCAAGAUUCCAGUUGUGAACCUUUCUGGGAGUCAAACCAGGAGCUGCAGGCGUGUUACCAGUUCAACCUGUACACCAUACUAACCUGGAGUCAAGCGAUGUCAACCUGCCAAGCUCAAGGUGGAAAUCUGCUCAGCAUUACCAGCCUGGCAGAGCACAGGUACAUCAGAGAUCGACUUGCAAGUGUUGGAGCGAUGGUCUGGAUUGGGCUGAACCACCUGAAGGAUGGGCGGGGGUGGCAGUGGUCCGAUGGAGCACCUUUGACAUUGGUCAAUUUCACCACAGCUCUGCCUGCCAGCCCGCUACAAGACAACAGACAGUGUGGUGUGUACAACUCAGCCUACGAGGGUCACUGGCAGAGUCUCUCCUGCGAGUCUGCUCUGCCUUACAUCUGUAAGAAGAUGCCUAACAACACCCGGAGAGCCGAGCCACUAGAGAACUGGCAAUAUAUCCAUACAGAGUGUGCUAAUGGCUGGUGGCCUCAUAAUGGUUUCUGCUACAGGCUGAUGUCAGAAACUGAAGCAGGAAGCUGGGAGGAGUCUUCUCAGGCCUGCGAAUCUCAGGGAGCAAACCUCACCAGCAUCCACUCUCUGUCUGAGGUGGAAAAUCUACUCAACCUACUAGCUAACUUUUCUGGGGAGAGUAUGGAGGUGUGGAUCGGUCUUUGGAAACAGGCAUCGUCACCGACUGUAGAGUGGUCCGAAGGCUCACCAGUAACUCUCACCCUCUGGCACCAGUAUCACCCCCCCAACAACCUGACAGAUGAAAAACUCUGUGUGAAAGUAGACAAGAAGGAAGGUAACUGGCUUUUAGUGUCAUGUGAUGAGCGACUGCCUGCUGUGUGUAGAAAAGAAAGCCAGAAUCGUCACCUCGGAACCUGGGACGAGGGUUGUCCCGAGGGCUGGAAGCGACACGGUCACUCCUGCUACACAGUGACUAGCCACGAACACAACUUUUAUGAUGCAACGCAAGGAUAUUACUGCAAGGCCCAUCUUCUUCAAUUGGAAAACAGGUUUGAGCAGGCCUUCGUCAACAGUUUGCUGAGUGAGAGUGGAGCCAACAGUAGCAUGUAUUACUGGAUUGAUCUCGUGGAUGAGGGCGAGAUGGGAGUGUACAGCUGGUCUCAUAAAAAUGGCUUCUCUGUCCCUCUCACCUUCAGUAACUGGAACAAACAUCAGCCAGUCACUGCCGGUAGCUGUGUUGCUAUGUCAGGUGGCCAUGCUUUGGGUCGCUGGGAGGUGAAAGACUGCAAGUCCCACAAGGCCUUGUCAGUGUGUAAGCAGAGCAUCAGCAGUUAUCACGAGGUCCAGUUGCCAGAGCACCACAUUGAUGCCUAUGCCCCCUGUCCUCCGGGGUGGGAAUCACACUCUGGGCUGAUGUACUGUUUUAAGGUGUUCCACGAUGAGAAAGUCUUGAUGAAGCGCUCGUGGGUGGAAGCAGACUUCUUCUGCCAGGCCCUCGGGGCUCAGCUGGCCAGUUUCCACCACUAUGAGGAGCAGGUGUUUGUUAAGCAGCUCCUCAGUACCAUAUUUGAAGGAACAGAGGGUCGCUGGUUCUGGAUUGGUUUAAAUAAGAGAGACCCUGAUAAUCCUGGUGGCUGGGAGUGGUCUGAUGGUACUCCUGUGUUGUCGUCCUUCAUAGAUGAUAAGAACGAGGAGGAUGACAGGAGGGACUGUGCUGUGUACAGUGAUCUGACUGACACUAUCAUGCCGCAGCCCUGUGACACCAAACACGAGUGGAUCUGCAAACUGUACAGAGGUGAUGAACUGAAAAAACCAUAUUGGUACACUGAGCAGAGUGAGCCCUGGGUGUUUUACCGCGGAGCUGAGUACCUGCUGGCGAAACAGCCCUUUGACUGGGACGCUGUCUCUCUGGCCUGUCAGAUGAUGGGAGCCUACCUGCUGUCCAUUCACUCCAAAGAGGAGAUGCACUUCAUCAAGGAGCGAUUGCGACGGCUCUCCCUUGGCCCGACCGACUGGUGGAUCGGCCUGUCCAUUGGGCAGCCUGGAGAGGAUGUCAGCUGGAGCGACAAGACGGAGGUAGAGUUUCAGAAUUGGGCAGAGGGGACUGCGAUAAUUGGCCCAAGAAAAAGGUUGUGUGUCACCAUGUCCUCCUCGUCAGGGAAGUGGUCGACAAACAAGUGUAGUGAUCUCCACGGCUACGUUUGCAAGAGGAAGACUGUGUCGGUGGUGGAGACUCCCAGGGAGCCUUGCUACAUCGGAGGAUGUCCGGAGAAAUGGCUGUACUUUGGACACAAGUGUCUUCUGCUUCACCUCCCUAACAGUCCAAAGGAUGGAAAGAGUUGGAAUGAUGCCCAGUCCAUCUGCUCCUCAUUCGAAGGCUCACUCAUCGCAAUAGAAGACGAAAUUGAACAAGCAUACAUCACCAUGUUGCUCCAGGGAAGUUCUGUUGGAGUGUGGAUUGGUCUCUGGGAUGAAGACCCUGAUACAUGGACCAGUGGGAAAAAAGUCAGCUACACCAACUGGUCUCCAGUUUCACCGAGGAGCUUUCUCAAUGACGACGAGUGGGUCAGUAGAUUUGCUAAUGAGCAGUUGUGCAUGGUUCUGUCCAACAACCACAACUUCCACCUGACAGGGAAGUGGUAUUUUGAGAGGUGUAGCGAGAGUGCGUAUGGCUUUGUUUGUCAAAAACCUCAAGAUGUAUCCAAACCACCCGCUCACUCCUGUCGCCACCUCCCUGAUAAUAUUGAGUACAGGAGCCACACCUACAAGGUUGUGUCUGGCAACAUGAGCUGGUACGACGCGAUGCAUAUGUGCACAGAGAAUGAUUCUGACCUAGUGAGCGUUACAGAUGCCUACCACCAGGCUUUCCUUACUGUCCUUGUCAAUAGAUUGGCAGUUCCCCACUGGAUUGGACUGUAUAGUCAAGAUAGUGGCAUCAAUUACCAGUGGUCAGACGGCAGUGACACAGUGUACACACACUGGGACGCAGCCGAUGACGAUGAAGACAUUGUGAAUGGAGAGUGUGUGUACAUGGAUGUGAACGGAGGCUGGCGAAGAGCAGACUGCGAAACUCCGCUCCCAGGAGCCCUGUGCCAUGUUUCCCCAGCGGGCAUUAAACCAUUUAUAUCAUACGAGCUGGUGUGUCCAUCCACGUGGGUGAAAUUUGGACAAGGCUGUUACAACUUUGAACCUGUGGUGGAGAAACUCACAUUUGAAGAGUCCAGAGAGCACUGCAGGCAGAAAGUCAACACCUCGGAUGUCCUGACCAUUGAGAGCGAGACCGAGAAUCGUUUUGUUCUGGAGCAGCUGUGGUCGUCAGGGUUCCAUCACCAUACAGUGUGGUUGGGGAUGUACUUCAACUUUGACACUGAUUCUCUGGCUUGGGUGGAUGGCUCAGCUAUGGAAUACACCAACUGGCCCAGCAAAGCCCCGGACACCAAGCUGCUGACUGCAGAUACCUGUGUUAAUACCAGGGUGGUGGAUGGUUUGUGGUACCUGUCACAGUGCACCGAGCGGCUCGGCUUCAUCUGCAAAACUAUCACAAAUGUAGGGACUGAAGUGGAAGUGGCUCCAAUAAACGGUGUAUAUCAUGGUGUCAUCGCAGCUGCAGUGCUGGUGGCUGUACUUGUCUUUGCCCUGCUGGCAGGAGCAAUGUGGUUCAUGUACAAGAGGAACGCUUCGCGUUUUCAGAGGCUUCCCACUCUUGGUAGUGCUUAUUACAGACAAACCAGCUCACAGGCUACGGAGUCGGAUGGAAACGUGCUGAUCACAGACUUGGAGGCUCACUCAGGAGAAUAGCACUCAGUGACUCCUUUUCUUGUUGUUUUAAGUUCUCUGUUGUUCCUCCCAGUUCUGUGUCUGUCUCUCACCAUUUCACCAUCACGUAUGAAUGCCACAUGACACUGUAAAGCUGUGACGCUGACUCCUCAGGACAGUGGUGAGAUGAUGACGGCAAAAAAUGUCUUUCUUCGAUUUGAGAAUGUAUUUGAAGGAUUCCCUGUUGCUCUCUACAGUUUUCAUGUGUUGAAAUCCUUUCAACGAGACAAAUAUUUGUGAUGAUGUUUCUUGUGUCGACACUGAAGAGCCCUCAUUUGAAUUUCUAGACUAACAAAGUCCACAUGAAUGAGAAUGUUGAAGAACUGAAGGGAUGCUAGAGAGCUUUGAACUUGUUAAAAGAGGUACUGAACACUUGCAAUCAUUCAGUAUUACGAUUUAUUCAAUUGGUAAAAAAAAAA